AUGGGAGGCCCGACGCCUGUCGGAUCGCGUCAGGGUUGUGACAAGCAGCGCUACACGGAAGACGGCGCGCGGCUUGUGGCUGGGUGCAUACCUGUCCGGUACAGGGGCGCGCCUGGCGCCGCGGCUGACGCGGAGGUUCUCCUCAUAACCAGCAGGGCCGGCAAGGGCUGGGGCUUCCCCAAGGGUGGCUGGGAUGACGAUGAGACGGUUGAGGGCGCCGCGCUGCGGGAGACGGUGGAAGAGGCCGGCGUGCGCGGCCAGAUCCAGCUCCCCAAGAUCGGCAUCUUCCACUUCCAAGGCCACAAGCAGGCGCCCGGCGCCAGCCCCCACCAGGCGCGCUGCGAGGCGCACAUGUUUGCCCUCGUGGUCGGGGAGGAGCUGCAGGCCUGGCCCGAGCACCGGCAGAGGCAGCGCCGCUGGAUGUCGCUGCCCGAGGCGAGCGCCAGUUGCCGGCACCAGUGGAUGCGGGACGCACUGCACAUGUGGGCCGCCGCAACCCACAGCCUGCGGCUGCCGGAUGGCCCCGAGCGCAUGGACUCGGAACCCACCCCUUUUUGA